ACAGCCUUAUUAUAAAAAGAUGGUACCAGGUUUAAACCCGGGUUUAGACCAAGACCAGAAAAAUCGUUAUUAUAAAAAGCACUUAAACCUUUGGUCUAGACUAAGUCCGGGACCAACUACGGUUUAAAGAUAAACCACACAGACCCCUAGUUUAUCUUUGGUACUAACCUCAAAAUAGAGUGUCAUUGUCAAAUUGACAUUCUUUCGUUGUUUAUUUGAGCGCGCAAGUUUUUUCAAUUUUACAGUUUUUUGUGAUUUUCGGCAAGAAUGGACAUGGAUUUGAUAGAUUUAGUCGAUUUGGAAGAUGUAGACAUCUUGGAGGAUCAACGGGAGCCUCGGCGUGGUGGUGAAAAUCGACUGCGGCUCAACCCGUUCUUGCUAGACGAUGAGCAAUUUCGGUACAAAUACAGGUUCACAAAACGUUUUGGCCAGAAAAUUGUGGACUUGCUGCGUGAACAACUUGUGCAGGACCCUCGAGGGUGUCCCUUGAGUCCUGAGCUACAAGUGGUUUGUGCUCUACGCAAUUGGGCUCGUCACGAAAUUCAAGAUGACACAGCAGACUUGCAUGGUGUCUCUCAGCCCACAAUAAGCACAACAUGCAAAAAAGUAGCCUCGAUAUUAGCGCACAUGUCUAAUCAAUUCAUAAAAAUGCCUGCAACCUUAGACGAGCAAGAAGAGACCAUGAGAAAGUUUCGAAGGAUUGCCAACUUCCCCACAGUCAUUGGAGCCAUAGACUGUACUCACAUCAGAGUAAAAAAAAACAAUGCUGAUGGAGGUCAACUAUAUAUAAACAGAAAAGGAUAUCCGUCCAUAAAUGUGCAGGUUGUUUGUGAUGCUGACCUUAAAAUAAGGGACAUAGUUACAAGAUGGCAUGGCAGUGUCCACGACUCACGCAUUUAUAGGGAAUGCCGGCUUAAGCAGAGGUUUGAGGCAGGAGCAUUCCGAGGAGUAUUACUAGGAGAUGGUGGAUACCCAUGUACAUCACACUUGUUUACUCCAGUAUUGCAUCCUGCAACACCGUCAGAGGAGCAAUACAACAGAUGCCACAUAAAGACUAGGAAUGCCGUCGAAAGAUGUUUUGGCCUAUGGAAGCAACGCUUCCGGUGCUUACUCAGAGGCUUGUACGGAAACAUUGAAACUGCACGUAUGGCAAUUGUGGCAUGUGCAGUGCUCCACAACAUCGCAAUAGACAUGAGGGAGGACCUCUUUCCUGGCGAGGAGGCUCCGGCUGCUGGCGAGGUACCACCAUUGCGACCCUAUCCUCCAACGGUGAGAGGGAAUGUGAGGAGAAGACAGUUUAUUGAAACUCAUUUUCAAUAAAAAACAAAUUUAUAAUCAUAUAAAAAAUAAAAGGUUAUAACAAUAACAAA